AUGGGUAACGCGUUAGUGAAAGAGUUGCUGGCAGGCUGCGCAGCCCCGGAUACGCCCCUGGCAGCGGCAGUCAGCGGCACUCUCAACUCUUUCUACACGCACUUGAGCACUGGAGAACGCAUUGAGGUCGCACUCUCAGUGUUCGUCGCUGAAGAGUUACGAUGUUUCUACAACGGCCUGUUUAUGUACUUUGUCUACGUUCCCGUUUUCGGAUUCUUCACAUAUCAUACGCAGCGGUGGGAUUUAGUGACAAAUACAGACUGUGUUGUACAACAGUGCUUGAGUGUAAAAUACGACAGAGAGCCGUGUCUAGUUGUCGGGCAGCAGCAGCGGCAGCAGCUACGACGUUCGACUCCGACCGGCAUGCUAACACACCGUCCCUACUCGCCAACAUCGACGAUGAACGCCAUGCAAAACAUCAAUUCCGUGCAGCCGAUGACUUCCAUGUCGAACAUGAGUAGCGCGUCGUACAAUCCGCAGGGCUACGCGCCGUCGGCGCACAUCGGCAGCGGUAUGGGAGGCAUAGGAGCGAUGAACGGAAUAGGUAUGAACGCGAGCUACAUGAACAUGGGUACGCAGCAGUACCAGAGAGACUCGAUGACGAGCCUCACGCCCUACAGUCCGAUGGGACACACGAUGGGCUCAAUGAAUCAGAUGCCGCAGAUGGGCGGCAUGCAGCCGACAGGAGGAUACCCGACCCUCACCGCAUCGGGGAUGGAGCCCGUCGGUGCGAGCGAACUGGCAAGAGCGAGGGAGAAGACCUACCGUCGCGCCUACACGCACGCCAAGCCGCCGUACUCCUACAUCUCUUUGAUCACGAUGGCGAUUCAGCAGUCACCGAGUAAGUCUCUCACGUUGAGCGAAAUCUAUCAGUUUAUCAUGGAUCUGUUUCCGUUCUACCGCCAGAAUCAGCAGCGCUGGCAGAACUCGAUCCGCCACAGUCUAUCGUUCAACGACUGCUUCAUCAAGGUGCCGCGCACGCCCGACAAGCCGGGCAAGGGCAGCUUCUGGGCGCUGCACAACGACGCGGGCAACAUGUUCGAGAACGGCUGCUACCUGCGGCGACAGAAGCGCUUCAAGUGCGAAAAGAAGGACGGAGAUCGCAAGCCGGGCAAGUCCGGCCACGUGAAGACGGAGCGGCAUCACGGCGGCCAGGGCGGGGCCGGAGAGAACGCGGCCGGCGGUCAAGCGGUCAACAACUCGACGUCGUCGACGGCGCCCAGCAACACGACGCUGACGACGCUCGACUCGACUCCGGCCAGCAUGGGCAGUGUCCAAACGAAGCUGGAGCCCGAUCUCCGCGUCAGUCCUCGCGGCUAUCAGGAAAUGCACACGUCGACGAGUAUACCGGCGCGUAUGCUCGAGCAGCACAACCCGCACGUCGGCACGCACGCACAGCACUUGCAGCACGCACACGCCCACGCCAGCCCGCGGGGCAUGGAGCGCAUGGACGAGUCUCAUCACCAGCAUCACACGGCCAUGUCGCUGUCGCCGUCCGACUAUAAGGGCAUUCAUCCCAAUUUCACGCACCCGUUCAGUAUCAACAACAUAAUCUCGCAGGAGGGCAAGUACGAGAAUUUGCCGCCGUAUUCUGGCUACGGAUCGCUCGGAACUCUGUCUAACAUCAAGGGCGAGGCGCAGAACAUGAUGACCGGCAUGCAUUCUGCCGACCCGGGCGGUUACUACCUGCACGGCGGAUACGCGACGCACUCGGCAGCGAACCUGUGAGCGCUAGCAACGGGACUCGAACAGUGAGGUCAUACGUGUAACUAUAUGCGGCUUGGAACUCUCGUGUCAGUCGUGUAAGCUCCAGUGUGCGUGUGCGCGCAGAGUCGAUCGCAUUCGCAGCGACAUGGACUCGGUUUGAAGAGAUUCCGAAGUGCGCCUAUAUAGAUACUACCGGGUCAAAUCUGUGAGCUUUGUUUAUAUUUAUUACUUGUGAAGUGACGUUGAAAAUAAUGUGUAGGCCUGUUUUUGUACGGGACAGUUUUGCUUUCGGUAGCAGCGUAUAAACGUGUCCGUACUUUGCAUUGUGCCGAGUGCUCUAUUCUCUUUCCAUUAGUGUUGUAAAUACGUGACAUUCAGCAUAAGAUUAGUGCCAUAUCAUUCGACGGCAACCAGAAGUUUACUCCGAAACGCCAGAACUCUGAAUCAAGAAAGACCUCAGUGAAUUUACAAUCGGCUGGGCAUGCUUCAUUUCCGCCUCUCCGUUUCGCUAUUAUAUAUGGUUUUCGUUCUCGAUAGCGCGCAUCUAUCUGUAAAUUCUACCGCGUCGCACUUUGGACCACAAGCUGGCGAUAGCAGCAGCGUCUGUUAGUUCGACUUACAUGAGCAGACGCCGCGGGAUGUGACAAGCUCUGUGAUUGGCUGCAGCUGAUGGACAGGUGAGAGCGAGGCUUGAGUAGGUGUAGUGUAAGGGCGUUACCGUUGAUGCCAUAGCCUGUGGCGCUGCAGCUCAUUUGCAUACCAAAGCAGAGGGCGGGGCUCUCGAAUUUAAUCGUAUUUGCGAAGGGUCAACUAUGAUCGUUUGUAUUUGAGUUCUCGGGUUGGAGAAUACAGCAUGCUCGCAUCCGUACGCUGUCUAAACCCACGUCUGCCGGAAAAUUCACGCCGAACCGCGUCCAGCGCGUUGUCGCAAGCUUCGUAUUUCGGACUGCGGGAAUAACCGUCGCUGCUGCCGUGUGCUAAACACUAGCAUGAGCGGCUCGCUGUCGCAUAGGCCAUACUCGCCGGCGUCGACGAUGAGCGUUAUGUCGAACUAUAGCGGAUCCGUUCCAUCGAUGUCGAUGGCUAACAUGACGAACGCGGGAUACACGCCGCAGGGCUACAGCCCCAGCUCGAAUAUGACUGCCGGCAUGGGAAGUAUGAACACUCUCGGGAUGGGAGGAGGUUACAUGAACAUGAACGGUCAGCAGUAUCAGCCGAAUGCGAUGGGCUUGCCUCCCUAUCAGCAUAUGAAUAAUGUGAACAUGCCGGCGACCAUGGCCGGACACUGUAUGCAAUCGCCUCCGACGUCGUACAACAAUCUCAGUGUUUCGCCAGUGCCGGAGGAUGCUGGAGGCGGCCCGAUGCGAAAUCGCAGCGAGAAGGGCUACCGUCGCGCCUACACGCAUGCCAAGCCGCCCUACUCCUACAUCUCUCUGAUCACGAUGGCCAUUCAGCAGUCAGCCAACAAGUGUCUUACGCUGAACGAGGUCUAUCAGUUCAUCAUGGAUCUGUUUCCGUUCUACCGCCAGAAUCAGCAACGCUGGCAGAACUCGAUCCGCCACAGUCUAUCGUUCAACGACUGCUUCGUUAAGGUGCCGCGCACGCCCGACAAGCCGGGCAAGGGCAGCUUCUGGACGCUGCACCCGGACUCAGGCAAUAUGUUCGAAAACGGCUGCUACCUGCGCCGCCAAAAACGCUUCAAGUGCCGAGAACAGGACGUAAACAAGGCGAAAAAGUCAAAGAAAACCAAAGAUGCUUCCGUCGCCGACACAAACGGACAGAUAUCGAGUCCCGGCGGAAUCAGCGACGGCGGCGGCAGCGGCGGUGUCGGUGCGAGUCCAUCAGCAGGUACUAUGACAAUCAA